UCAGAGGUUCGGUUUGUCGUCGUCGUCACCGUGAAAACAGAGUUUAGCAUAGAAAAUUCGUCGCAUGGGAAGAAAAAUCAUUUGCAAUUGCCAUUCGCUUAGUUUCGGACGUACGUCAGUGCGUGUUUUCCCGUAAUAGCUUGGAAACCCGGUGUUCCACAUUUCCACUCCGAGGUGAAAACUCGUACGACGGUAAAAUUACUUCCGCACCCUAUUCUGUGGCCUGAAAUUAUUGUGCAUAAGUUGCUGAAAUAAAAGCUUAGGCUAGAAAACCAGUGCCUGCUUUGCAUAUAUUUACAUUGGGCAUUGUGUACGGCUAGUGUUUGCGGUAUUGUUUUGCACUGACGUGUCACCGAGGAUUAGCAAAACAAUGCAGAAUAGUUGCGAAAUGUACCGUCACAGUGUGAAGUGAUUUGUGUUUGUUGCAAACGGUGAAAAACUUGUCAAUGGUGAUGUGACUGUGUCCCCCACGGGAAGCAACAGUACAGUAGUAUACUAGUGGAGCAGAGUGGUUGGACAUCCGGAGAGGAGAAAAAAAAGCAAGCACCUCUGAAAAAGAACGCACAUAACAGCAUACUUCAACACUCAUAAUCAUAAGGGUCAUAAUCUUACGUAAGGCCCUUUGUAUUUUAAUUGAGGCUCGUUGGGCUUGGAACAGCUACACCAGCUCUACCAGAAACAUUGCCCUCCAGCCUCCUCAGGAUGUCGUUCGUAAGUGGAACCACGGACACCGAGGCGGCACAAAAGUUUCUCGAGGUGUUGCAGAAUGACUUUCGCAAUCUGUCACUGGAAACGAAGAAAAAAUAUCCACAGAUUAAAGAGUCAUGCGAGGAAGCUAUACUGAAGCUGAAAGCGGCAGCCGCCAAUCCCCAGACGCCGGUCUAUUACGUGGUUAAUCAGAUUCUGUACCCCCUGGUGCAGGGCUGCGAAUCAAAAGAUGUUAAAAUUAUCAAAUUUUGCCUGGGCAUGAUGCAACGGUUGAUAACCCAACAGGUGGUAGACCAGAAGGGAGCCCGCUACAUCACCGAUACGCUGUGGAUGCUGAUGGAGAACGGAACGGAGGAAGUGAAGGUGCUACAGAGCGUUACGUUGCUGCUUACAACCAACGCGGUGGUUCAUGGUGAGACUCUGGCCAAGACGCUUGUGCUUUGCUUUCGGUUGCACUUCACCAAGGACUCCACAACGAUCAACACGGCUGGUGCGACCGUUCGGCAGCUUGUUUCACUCGUGUUUGAGCGAGUCGUUGCCGAAGAAGCGGAAGCCGAAGCAAAUCAGGACGAAAAGCGUGAUGUUAAUUUGGAGGAACUGAAACUAGCUACCGGGGUGGCCCCGAAAGGGCUACGACCGUGUGCGGCAGAUGCUUUUCUACUGUUUCAGGAUUUAGUGCAGUUGGUCAAUGCCGAUCAGCCCUACUGGUUGCUUGGCAUGACUGAAAUGACGCGAACAUUUGGAUUGGAGUUGCUUGAAUCCGUACUCACUCAGUAUACGUCCGUGUUCUACAAGAACCCGGAAUUUUCUUUUCUUUUGAAAGAACGCGUAUGUGCCCUAGUCAUAAAGUUAUUUUCACCGAACAUAAAGUAUCGAACGAUGGCACCGCAAAAUGCCCAAGCCACGGCACCUCACGAUAAACCGUACUUUCCCAUCAGCAUGCGACUGCUGAGAGUUGUUUCCAUUCUCAUCCAGAAGUAUCACAGUCUGCUGGUUACGGAAUGUGAAAUAUUCCUUUCGUUGAUUGUGAAAUUUUUGGACCCGGACAAACCAUCCUGGCAGCGAUCGCUUGCACUGGAAGUGCUUCAUAAGAUGACCAUUCAACCGGAGCUGCUGGUAUCGUUCUGUCGCUGCUACGACCUGAAAGAUCAUGCCACCAACAUCUUUCAGGACAUCAUCAAUUCGCUCGGAACGUACGUCCAAAGUCUGUUUGUUAAUGCACAACUUUUAAACAGUUCUGUCAGUGGAACUCAAGGGCAACCGACGGCGAUAAUCGGUGGACUGCCGGUUGGGCCGGGAAUCUCCCCCCAACCGGGCUUUCUAUUUCGAGGAGUAUUUCUUCCGUUGGUUGUGACAUUUCCUACUGGUCAAUCAAAGUCGACCUUCCUGGAUAUGCUAGAUAAAAUGGAACCUCCUCCCAUUCCGGAUGGAUAUGGGAUUUCCGUCGCGUACGCUUGCCUACUGGACAUUGUUCGAUCGAUCUCUUUGUCGAUUCAAGGACCGUCGCAGUUGGGCGAUGAAAAUCCCCCUCCCUACAAGAAUCGUGUUUCCGAAGAGGAUAAAGCUUUGCAUAUUCAACUGAUUUAUUCCAGCUGGUUGGGACUAUUGUCGGCUUUGGGUCCGUUAAUUGACGCCGCGACCGAUGAAACAUCAACGGAAAACGUGCUUAAAGCGAUCCAAAACUAUGCAGCUCUUUGUGGUUUGCUUGAAUUGCACACUCCAAGGGAUGCUUUCAUUACGGCUCUUUGCCGAGCGUCACUUCCUCCACAUUAUGCCUUAUCGGUGCUGAACGUCAACUAUCAAGGCAAUCAGUUCAAAUCCCACUCGCGUGGAGGUAGUCAAGAUAUGGGAAAUGUUUUCCUUGGAUCAUACGGCGAUGCAGACCAGCAGCAGCAGCAACGUCAUCCGGUGGUAGCGGUCGGAACUCCACUUCCUACAUCUUCGCUUCCCGUUGGAGCCCAUCAGGGGCCAGUCCUGUUAACAGCCAAAAACCUACAAUGCAUGAGAUCCGUUCUUCAUCUGGCCCAUUGUCACGGAGGAAUAUUGGGCAGUUCGUGGCAUAUCGUCCUAACCACCCUGCAGCAUUUAGCGUGGAUUUUGGGUCUGAAACCUUCAACCGGUGGAAGUUUGCAGGCAGUGCAAAAGCCGCCAACGGACGCGAACUCGAUUACUCAGGUCAUGACGGACCUGCCAGUCCUUUCUCAAAUGUUAAGCCAGCUUUUCGAGUCCAGCCAGUAUCUGGAUGACGUCGCCUUACAUCAUCUAAUCGAUGCUCUUUGCAAACUUUCGCACGAAGCUAUGGAGCUGGCCUAUAACAACCGGGAACCGUCAUUGUUUGCUGUGGCUAAGCUGUUGGAAACUGGUCUGGUGAAUUUGGCUCGCAUCGAAGUCCUGUGGCGUCCGCUUACAAACCAUUUGUUGGAAAUCUGCCAGCAUCCUCACAUACGCAUGCGAGAAUGGGGUGUUGAAGCCAUCACCUAUCUGGUGAAAGCCGCCUUGCAGUAUAAAUACGAGAAACCCUUGAAGGAAAAUCUUAAGCUUCAAACGCUAUUGUUAGGACCCCUCUCGGAGCUGUCUUCCGUACCGCACGGGGAUGUUCGUCAACGGCAGCUUGAGUGCGUUCUGCAGGUUUUGAACGGAGCAGGAGAAACCCUAUCGCAUGGAUGGCCCCUGGUGUUGGGGAUAAUUGGAGCGGUCAGCGAUCACCACGGUGAAGCUUUGAUUCGAAUUGCGUUUCAAUGUUUGCAACUGGUGGUAACCGACUUCCUGCCGGUGAUGCCAUGGCGUUGUCUACCGCUCUGUGUCAACACGGCAGCAAAGUUCGGAUCGCAAACACAAGAGUUGAACAUAUCGCUGACGGCCGUUGGUUUGAUGUGGAAUAUCUCAGAUUACUUCAAUCAGAAUCAGGAGAAGCUGUCGCAAACCGUCUGCGACGAUACGUCGGUUUUGCCGGACUUCCCAGGGACGCUGAAUAUGCCUCACUUUGAUCGGCUCUGGAUGUGUCUGUACGCGCGGCUCGGUGAUCUCUGCGUCGAUCCGAGGCCAGCGGUCCGCAAGUCGGCUGGGCAGACUCUGUUUUCGACGAUUUCUGCGCACGGAAAUCUGCUGAAUCCGCCCACCUGGCAGGCGGUCCUCUGGCAGGUACUGUUUCCGCUGCUGGAUAAGGUGCGUGCCCUGUCCAGUUGUGCCAGCAGCGAGAAGGUCGACACCAGCGGAAACAUACUGAUUCAUCACUCUCGGAACACCGCCCAGAAGCAGUGGGCCGAGACGCAGGUGCUUACGCUGGCCGGCGUUUCGCGGGUUUUCAACACCAAACGCACCCUGCUCCAGAUGCUGGGUGACUUUCCACGGGCCUGGGCUUUAUUGUUGGAGUUUAUUGAAAACUCUGCCCUCAGCAAGAGCAACGAAGUUUCGCUGGCUGCUUUAAAGUCUUUCCAAGAGAUCUUGUAUAACCGGCCGAUGCCGGCGCCAGAUGAAUCGGCAAAGCUAGCGGAAAAGGCAGCCGGUGAGGAAAUAGACAUCUGGAAUGUUGCUUGGCGCGUCUGGUUGACGAUCGGAGCCGACAGUACGAAACCACCGUCUACAAUGGCUGAUGGUCCGGACAAGGGGGGUGACGAUAUUUACAUUCCCAGUCAAGCGUUUCUAACCGCACUGGUUCAGAUAUUUCCGGCUUUGUUCCAACAUAUAAGGACCCGUUUUACCAACAAGGACCUGACGCAGUUCUGCACUGUGUUGAUGAAUGCCGUGGCCGUCCCGGUUCACAGCGAUUCAACGCCGUACAUUAUGUCAACAAUUUCCGAUUCGCUGCUAACUCCGUUGCACGAUGGUGUCUUGGACUGCAUGGAGUUACUGCAGAAAGAAGCGGUCGGAGGAGCUAAAGAUGGCGCAAAUUUAAAGCACAUGUUAUCGGCCAUAUUCAAGCAACUGUUGAGCUUCAGUAAAUUUGCUUGCGUUCCACCGUCCUUUGAUCGGCUUGAAACAAGACCGGUAAAAUCGACGCGCUCUGCCAGCGGAGGAAUCAAUCAUCAGCUACCCACUGGCAACGGUGUCGAAUGGGUCAGCAUGAAUUACAUUCCAUUUGGAGAGAAAGCACUAACGGUUGCAGUUAAAUUAUAUCAGCAAACAGCAACCGACGAAACCGUUAUCGAAGGUCAAAUUUUGCAUGAGAUCAUAAGGGCACUACAUCUCCCCCUUUCGUUGAAGUACAAAUGCAUGUCGGCGAGUACUUGGAAGCUUGCCAUCUCUAGCUUGAUGACGGUACUGCAUACCGGGCUACCGGUAGCUCGCAAAUAUCCGAAACAGUUCAGUCCUCUGUGGAAGGAUUUGUCCGAUACGUUAGAUCAAUUUCUGUUUCCAAAAAGUGUUUGCGUUGUGGAAGACCGUGGCCUAGACGAACUGGUGCUGGAUGAAUCCAUCGAUUGUCAGGUGAUUGAACUAAUACGCGAUGAAAUUCUCCCGUUCAGUCACGAGAUCCCGCAACAGUUCAUACUGGAUGCGGUGGUUCUCCUGAACAAAGGCUCCAUCCACUCAGCCACCACCGGAAGUACACCGUUUGCCGGCUGCGAAACGGAGCUUAAGCUGCGGGAAGAGUUUGCCAAAACGUGUUUCGAAACCCUGCUGCAAUUUUCACUUCUGGAUGACGGAAUGAUGAAUGUUGCACCCGAAUUGGGCAGCAAUAGAAUGAAUAAUAAUUCGGACACGACUGCGGCACUGGGAGGUGACGUCAACGAAGGUGGCAUCGCUGGACGAUUGGCCAUCACGGCAUUGUUGCAUCGCUUCGAGGAGGUCCUGCGAAAGUUCAACGAUGAUGAACGGUUGAGUGGGAAAUUUCCUCUGCCGAGAUACCGACUUUCGGAAAUAUCUUUCGUACUGAAGGCAGUCGCUACUCUUGUGAUAUCCAUGAAGAAGGCACCACCGGCUAAAGUUGGAACAACCGCCUGGGAGCAGCUGAUCGGGUUGUACCCCUAUCUGGUCGAAUGUACAACCACAUCUUCGGCCGAGGUUUCUCGUUCCCUACGGGAAGCCCUUCUCCAGUAUUGUGAUCUUCUGCGGCCACCCCUAACGGCCACGAACGGCGGCAGCAGCUCGCUGUCGUCGUCGUCCCCAGGAAACAACAACGAACUGGCCAACACCAACGGCAUCAGCCACUGUUAGCUGGUUUCCUUUCCAACCGGGAGUUUCUACUUCCUGCGGCUGUACGAUUCCGAUAUGUUGGUGAAGAUCGUUUUCUAGAUGGCUAGUUUUUCAUUCGCGUUUGUGUAAGAUGCACCAAACAUGCAUCUGUAUCCACUUUUUUUCCUUCAUUAUUUGAGACUUGAUAUGUAUUUGUAUAGACACAAAAAAUUAUUUAAACUUUUAAUAGUUGAAAACAGAAAGAUAGUUUGAUAACUCUAUUUGAGUAGUACUACACGUAGGUAUAGAUUUAGAAACUCCUUAAACUUUCCCUUAAGGCAACGGCAUGUGCAAAAAUAUUAAUCAAAAAAUGUGAUUUUAAUCGAUAUGAUUGUCCUCUUCUAAAUUGGGUUCCCUAUUUAGAUGCAAAAUAAGGAAGCAGCACGCUUUCCCUCUGCACGAACUUUUAAACACUAAAUUCCUUAAAUAUGUCACACGUUUUGCUGAUUAUAGUUUUACAAUCAAGUAUAUAAAUAGUAUUUACAUGCAAUAAUAACCGGUUAUUAUAAUUACAACACUGUAGUGGUUUGCAACGUUCUUUGUUGCUGUAGAGUAAACAAUCCACUAAAUUAUUAGCAGUAAUAGUGCCAAUUUCGAACUUCAGACCUUUUCUGCUAAACUUUUGAACCGUCUUAUUGCCAUUAUUUGUUCUUGUUCCUAAGAAUUUCGGGCAUUCAAAACGUUAGUAAAUUACCUUAGCCGCUCGUCCUUUCGUACGUUUUCGUUUAACAAUUCAAUAACUUUAUACAGGUUUUUAACAAGUAGACUAAAUUAAAUGACACAAAAUUUUGCGGUUGUGUUACGCUAAUGUGAAAACCUAAAAAGAAGUAAAUCCAUUUUUAAUACAAUUACAGAAUAGAGAAAAAACGCAUGCAACUUAUACGUCAACAAAAUAAACAAAAUCAGCAAAGACGAAAUGUAAACAGGUUGCACAAUUGAUCAAAAUAUAUUCUAUGCAAAAUGCAAAAAUAGCAACACCGACUAACGUGUGUCUAAGAAACAGUAAAGGAAGUUGUUUCAACACUCACCUCAUGUGAAUAAUUGAUACCUUUGCAUUGUGCAACAACAACAAAAAACAAGUGUCUUGUUAAGAAAUGGACUUUGCUUCGCUAAAGUACUGCACAAUUUAUGAACAUUAUCCAGAAUGUAAAAGCUCUGAUUGUCCUAAGCUGUUGAAAAAUAGAUACCCUGGCUAAGGUCAAGGCAACCCACCCCCCCAGAAAAAAAAACGUUGAAAAGAAAAUAUGUAUUACAUUAGAUUAGAUUCUUUAUUUUGAAGGGUUCCAGCUUGUGGCUGAUUCGCUUCUAAAAUAUGUAUUAUGUUUCCGUACAACCCAUAUGACUGACAAAUGACAGAAAUUUGUUAAUAGUAAAUCGAAAAUUUAAAAGCGCAUCUGAAUGAGCAGACUAAGGAUCUUGUUAUGUUACGACGACUUAUGUAAUUCCUAGCGAAUCAAUCGAGAAAAAUGACACUCGACAUUACUUACCUACACAUAAUAGGAGGGCGCUAUUCAAGAAAAAGGCAUUUCUAACACUUGCGUCUGUUCGAUUUAACUUUGAAGUUGUCAAACCGACAACUUUUGAGCCUAGGUUGUUUCAUAAAUCAUUUUUCAGGACAGGAAUCCGUUGUUCCACGUGAAGCAAGUGCUGGUAUAACCCCCUUGAAGCUAAACAAGAACCACUCAUACAAUACAAUAAAUCAAGAAACGAAUUUAUAUUGAGAGACAGUUAAUAAAAUGGUUCUAAUAAACGGUUUUGAAAAGUUA